GUCCUGGUGACUCCCGAGCAGUUUGCGCAGAUCUUUGCCGACGAUAUCGACUCCCCGCUCUCGCAGCAGUUUGUGCCGCUCAUCUCGCAGUCCAUCCGUCAGCAGUGCCAGUCGUAUUUGGAGGAAGACAGCAGCCCAGGCAUGGGACAAAAUCCGCCUGCCCCCGUCCAUCCCUUUCCGGAGGGGCCGACAAUGAGCCUGGAGGACAUCCGCAUCAUCAUUAAGCUCGAUGUCAAUGUUGGAACUUUCCACCUACACGACCAGUUUGAAUGGCCGCUCUUUGCUCCCAACGCACCCAGCCCCGAAGAGUUUGCUCACCAGCUGUCGCUGGACCUCGGGUUCCCUCAAGAAUACAUCUCGGUGAUUGCCCACGAGAUCCGGCAGCAGCUAUGCCUGGCCCGAAUCAACUUUGAAGAGUCUGCACACGUUGGUCCUGUGGUCGGAGCGGCCCCGGCUGCAACGGGCCCUGUGCCAGGCAUCACUCCACCCCAUCUCAGCGUCCUGGGACCACAGGGAUCGGCGCUGAAUGCAAGUUACCAGUCUGAGCACAUUCAAGAAGGUGAUUGGAUCCAGUCCGAGUCCAGCGAAAAGGGCGGCCGAGAGAAAUCCAAGAGGAAGCGAAACCGGCAAGGCGCAUCCUACAGCUCCCAAAGUCUCAACCUGAGCGGCAACCCUUCCCACUCGGGGAUGUCUCAAAAUGCCGCGAGUAUCCACUGGCAGCACGGAGGCCCCGCGGGUGGAACCAGCAACAGCAGCAGCGGCUCCAACUCCCGCACGAUGAUGCCUCCGAGUCACCCUUCCCGUAUUCCAUACCGCAACUACACACCGACGGCCGAGGAGCAGGCAACCUUUUCUCAGUUUGCAUACGGCGCCGGUGGGGUCUAUCUGGGCGGGCCCCAGACACCGACGCAGUCGCAGACACAGGCGCAGACACCAACGCAGUCACACCACCCUAAUCCAUACCAGAACCAACUGCAGCUUCCGUUUCAGUCCACACACUACUCGUCACAGUUUGGCGGGGCAAAUGUGCCACAGCAGCAACAGCAGCAACAACAGCAACAGCAUCCUGCACACCUCUCCAUGCACUUUGCCAACAGCGGACCCGGCAGCAGCUGCAGCACCGACAACCAGGGCAGCGGCUCAACCAUCGGCGCUCAUAUGCAGCACAAUCACAUGUCGAGUGCCUCACAAAAGAAAGAGAAGCGCAAGCAGCGCGAUCCCCCCAUCAUUGACACGGAGCUGGUCGCGAAACAAGUCGAGUUGAUGCAACAGAGCGCCGACCUGUUGAACAAUCCCGGUGGCGGAGAACUCAUCAACACUGCAAACGGAAACAUCAUCGAUCUCUCGGAUUCUCGAGGCAUCAGCCCUCCCAAGAAGCACAGGGGGUUUGGUGCCAGUGCCAACAUGUUCAAUGCCGACGGAAGCAUCGAUGUUGGCGAGUUUCGGCUCGUUUGGCGAUGCUCGUGGUGCCUGCUCAGUGGCCGCUACACACCCACCCUCCGCAAGGGACCUCUCGGCUCGAAAACCCUUUGCAAUGCCUGUGGAAUCUGGUACUCGAAGCAUGGAUCCCUGCCUCAGGAUCGAUACCAAGAAAACGCAGACUGUGUAUAG